AUGCUCACGUGUAUAAGGGGGCGGGUCUAUGCUCUUCAAUAAAAUUGUGUCCUUAGAAGGAAACUUUGAACAACUUUGUUUUUUCAAUGUUUUUCUUCGACACAAAUAAACUUUUACUGUGACGUGACAAUCGGCACAAUGACAAAUUUGACUGACAUUUCUCAACACACAUUCACCGAGUAAGUCGUCGUUGCAAUCCUCCGAGAACCAGCGGACGGAGCGCGAGGUGCGCGCGCCGCCGUGGCGGCUUGGCAGGUCCGCGGAGGCGUCUCGCCGGGCGGCGCAUUCCGGGAGCUUCCCGGAGGAGUCGUUAAGAGGAUAUGGAGAUGUUACGUCGCUCGUCCGUGUUCGCCGCCGAGGUGUUUGAUCGCUCGCCCACCGAUAAGGAGCUGGUGUCCCAGGCCAAGGCGCUCUGUCGGGACUACAUCCAGUCGAGGCUGGGUCGCGUGGGCAUCGGUUGGUCCAAGCCGGAGCAGCUCGCCUCUUUGUGGGGGACGCACGGUGACGUGUCGGCGGUUCUCCUAUGGUUGGGUGAUGAGCUGGAGUAUCUGCGUCCCAGCGUUUAUCGCAACGUGGCUCGGCAGCUCAACAUCACGGUAGCCUCGGAGAGCGUGGUGACAGACGCCUUCCUUGCCGUGGCGUCCGACAUCUUUUCCACAGGUGUGACGUGGGGGAAGAUUGUCUCUUUGUACGCGGUGGCUGGCUCUCUUGCCGUGGACUGCGUUCGCCACGGCCAUCCUGCCAUGGUUCAUACCAUUGUGGACUGCAUGGGGGAGUUUGUCCGCAAAAGUCUUUCCACGUGGUUGAAACGCAGAGGAGGUUGGGCGGACCUGACUAAAUGUGUGGUGAACACAGAGGUUGGUUUGCGUUCCCACUGGUUGGUGUUAUCGCUGAGCACUUUUGGACACUACGUCAAGGCUAUGGUGCUCUACCUGCUUAGGGACAAGUGACCCCGGUUCAUGAUGCCCCUCCAAUCCCUGAAACAUACAAACACAAUUAUCUAUUCAGUCAAAAAAGUCCACGCGUGCACUUUCUCUGUGUUAUGUUGUUAAUUUCUAUGCCAGUUGUUAAGGUGACCACCACUUUGAAAUAAACACAACCACUAGAAAUAAUGCUACAUAGCUGAGUGUCAAUACAGUGUUUCCUCACUACUUUGUGGAUCGCUUGUUGCAGGUUCAGUCUUGUCGCGUAAUUUCAAUUGUGACCGUGACCAUGUACCUCUAAGUCUCUUUUUUUUUUUUUGAA